CAAGCGGUUGACUUUUGCGUAUAAAAACAAGACGACAAAAGUGUAAAACAACCACACAUUCACCAACUCUCGUUGCAGUUGCAUCUCAUCUCAAGUCUCAACUCAAAAUGAAAUUCUUGGCUGUUCUAGUUGCCUUGGCUGCAAUCUUUGCCUGCGUGAUGGCACAGGGUUACAAUUCAAAUGGAAAUUGGGGUUCUCCAUCGUACGGUUCGCCGUCUGCACCUGCUCCGAGCCCAUACGGAGCUCCUGCCCCUGCUCCGAGCCCAUACGGAGCUCCUGCCCCUGCUCCGAGCCCAUACGGAGCUCCGGCCCCUGCUCCCAGCCCAUACAGAGAUGUUGCCAAUGGCGGGUAUUAGAUCGGAGACAAAGUUAUGACUAAUCACUAGCCGGCCGAUUCAACAUGGAUUUGAAAUCACUUGCUGAAAGAAAUGGACACCUUCAGUUCCAUCAAAAUUCCCCCCAUCCCUAAUUUGGUUUAAUUCACUGCAAAUUCCGUCAUCAAAAAUGUCAAAUAAAACGAGAAGAAGGAAAGAA